CCUAUCGGAAAAUGGCCCUGAAGUAUCACCCUGAUAAGAAUAAAGACCCCAACGCCGAGGAGAAGUUCAAGGAGAUCGCGGAGGCUUACGACGUCCUGAGCGACCCCAAGAAACGAGCCGUCUACGACCAGUACGGGGAGGAAGGUCUCAAAACUGGAGGUGGCUCUUCAGGUGGCUCAGGGAACACUUUCCACUACACCUUCCACGGCGACCCCCACGCCACCUUCGCGUCCUUCUUCGGAGGCUCCAACCCUUUCGACAUCUUCUUCGCUAGCAGCCGCUCCCGGGUGUUCAAUGGCUUUGACCAGGAAGAUAUGGAUAUCGAUGAUGAUGAUGACCCUUUCAGUGCCUUCGGCCGGUUUGGCUUCAACGGCAUUAACGGGGUUCACCGGCGGCACCAAGAGUCCCUGCACACGCGGAGGAAGGUCCAAGACCCACCCGUCAUCCAUGAGCUCAAGGUGUCCCUGGAAGAGAUCUACCACGGCUCCACCAAGAGGAUGAAGAUCACCCGCAGAAGGCUCAACGCUGAUGGCCGGACCAUGCGGACUGAGGACAAGAUCCUAAACAUUGUCAUCAAACGGGGUUGGAAGGAGGGAACCAAAAUCACAUUCCCCAAAGAAGGAGACGCCACCCCGGACAACAUCCCUGCCGACAUCGUCUUCAUCCUCAAGGACAAGCCUCACUCGCAUUUCAAGAGGGAUGGGACGAACGUGGUCUACACGGCAAACAUCAGUCUUAAAGAG